AUGUCCAAAUUUGACUACAAGUCUUGUGCACUGCCGUCGUCAACGACGCAUAUUCGCCUACUUCAGCUCCGCUUAGCCGAACCGACAACGACUCCCAAGAGUACCACGUCGCCUUCAAACGGCAGCCUUGUUUGCGAGCUUUUGACGACACCUAUAGCAGCACCACUGAAAUUCAAAGCUCUCUCGUACACCUGGGGGACCGCAGAGAAAACAAGUUUCCUCAAAUUGAACAGAACCCAGCUCAACAUCACCCCAUCCCUUCACACUGCUCUUCAAUACAUCGCCAGUCAACAGGAGGACAUCUAUCUAUGGGUCGAUCAAGUCUGUAUCGAUCAGAGCAAUGGCGCCGAAAAAUCAGAACAGGUGCUACUAAUGUCCGACAUAUACCGCAAAGCUGAGCAAACCCUCGUCUGGCUUGGUCCCGCCGCAGAUAGAUCAGACGAACUGAUGGACCUGUGGCUGGACAUCGGGCAGAAGGCGGAGAAAACUGCAGGUGGCUUGGAAUCCUACUUUACGAAGGAGAAAAUUCACCGUCUACUCGAGAUCAUGGAAAGCCGUUCGGUGGACGAUCCUUUGACGGAACCGUAUCACCAGCUCGUCGAUGAAGCGCGGCCUCGAUUCGAGGACUUGAUGCAGGCGAUCGUUGAUCUGGAUGAGAGACCCUGGUUCCAUCGUGUCUGGAUUGUGCAGGAGGUCAGCUUGUGCCCGGACACGGUCCUCGUCUGCGGACACAAGAUCGUUCCUGUGGAUUUUGUCAGACAAGCGAGCAACAUAUUUGCGGCAGCGUUGAAGCAAUCUAUGAGGUCGAAUCCAGGAAUUAGCUUUGCCCAGCUCGCUUUGCAAGCACAGUCACACCGUUUGGGGCCGCUACUGAGUACUCGAAAGCGCCGUCAAAGGUACGCAAACAGCAAAGGGGAGGGAGAAGAGCUUUUCCACUUGCUUAGAAAGCUCUUUGUUGAAAGCGAUACGAGAGCAACGCAAAAUCGGGAUCGUAUAUAUGGGCUACUCGCUCUGGCUGUUGAUGCCGAGCAGCUGGGGAUAAGGCCCGACUAUACGACCUUGAAUGUCGCUUCAAUCUUCACGCAUGUGGCUCGAGCAAUGAUCCGACAGGGACGCAUUGAGAUCCUUAGCUUCUCCCAGUUCCCGAAGGAGAAAGAUAUUGAAGGACUACCAACUUGGGUUCCGGACUGGCGGCCAAAUCUUGCGCCGUCAUAUUACACCAUCUUUGAAUCUGCAGAGGAGCACCUGUUGGGUGCAUCUGGCAGCACUCAGGUCUCUAUGUUGCCGAAAAUGGUUCAAGAUGUUCUUAGUAUCCGGGGGUACUUGAUUGAUUCAAUCGAGGAAGUGGGGAAUGUGUGGCAUGCUUCGGACGAUCACGCAUCAUACCUCCACCUUUUCAAAACACUUCAAGAGUUCUGCAGUAAGUCUGCCACCAAGGACGAACUUAUCUACGAGAACCCACUCCGACGAGCCGAAGCGACAUGGCGAGUGCCGAUCGGAGAUCUGUACUGGGAUCCUGAGGUUGACUACAUUCGUGCCAGGAAGCCACUCGUUGAAGAUGCAUAUCACGAAUGUGUGAAGAUCUCCGAAAUAAUAGUGGCAGGAGAGCGGCAGUUGACUGCUGAGGAGAUACGCCGGUCUCCAUCUGGGAGAUACCGUAAUAGCAUGAGUGGUAUGGACGGGAAGCGGCUAUAUAUCACUCGCCGAGGAUAUCUCGGUAUGUGUCCUGAUCCAGCAGUUGCAGGUGACUCGGUGGUUGUCUUCUGUGGUGCUAGGCUUCCGUACGUUUUGAGAGCACGGGGCGAAGAAGACAGGCAUACCUUCUUGGGCGAGGCCUAUUGUCAUGGAAUGAUGGAUGGGGAGGUUUUGGGACGUGAACGAGAAAGAACCUUUUUCAUUGAGUAG